AGUAACGCGGAUAGAUCUUCCGUUGUUCUGACGCAGGAAAGAAACACUCGAAAAACAUAUUCAAAGAACAUAAAGAUGAAUUAUCAAAACAAGAAAGCUGAAAAACAUCCACCAGGAAUUUACAGAACACAUGAUCCCAUUCAGAAUUUAAAAAUAAGAGUUUGUUUGGAGAAACUUGCUGUAUCAAGUGUUGUGAAAGAGGCACAACUUGAAGAAGAAGGUAGUGGGACAAAACUCCAGCAAUUAUGUCUGAGGAAAGAACUGGAAGAAGAUGCUAUCUUCAAAUGGCAAGAAAAAUGUUUCAGCCAGAGGGAGCUGGAUAAAUACUGUGAAGAAAGAAACCUCCAUACAUUCCUGGAACGUAAAUAUCAUCAACAGGUGUUGAGCUUGGAGUCAUCAAGUAACCAAAAGACUGCUUCUCGGCUUUUUACUUACGUUGAUGCUGAUAUUGUUAAUGAACUACCUAAGUGGGAAGAACCAGCAACCACGUCCCAUACUGAUGUUCCUAACUUUUUAGCUAAAAAAAUGCAAAACCUUCGGCUGCGACAAAGAUUUCUGCCUGCAGAUAAGAAAAAGCUUCAGGAUGUUCCAUGUGGAUCACAUGUUGUUGUGAGUAGUCAGGCAAGCAAAGAUGGACAUCUGUUGACUGCACCAACUCAGAGAAUGUGGAUUAUGGCAGAUAUUAGACCUGAUGAUAG